CCCUGUGUGAGGGGGAGGAGGAGGGCUGAUCGACCUUAACAAGCACCGCAGCAGGGAGGAAGGAGCAAGAGAGUGGAUGGAUGCCUUUUGCAGACUCAGUGGCCUGGACCCUCUGUGGGACUGGAACCGCACGUGGUACACAGCCAACCCUGACCUAACCCAGUGUUUCCAGAACACAGUGCUGGUGUGGGUCCCCUGUGUUUAUUUAUGGUUGCUGGUCCCAUUCUACUGUCUUCACCUCUACUGCCAUGACCAUGGACGGAUUCAAAUGUCCUGCCUCUGCACUGCCAAAAUGGUGUUGGGUUUCCUUCUGGCCUCGUUUGGCUUUGUUGAAUUCUUCUACAUCCUGCUGGAGAGAAGUCAAGAGAUUCAGCAGCACAUGGUCUUCCUACUGAGCCCCAUCAUACGCAGCAUGACUGUGAUCCUGGUCUUGUGCAUCAUCCAGUUGGAAAGAAUAAGAGGCUGUCGCUCCUCCGUUUUCCUUUUCUUGUUCUGGGUCUUGUCUGUUGUUUGUUCGCUCGUGCCUCUCAGAGCGAAGAUCCAGCUCGCCAUAGAUGAGGGCGUCAUGUCUGACAUUGUUCGAUACCUCGCCUUCUUCUCCUAUUUCUCGAUCCAACUGGCCCAGCUCUUCCUGUGCUGCUUUGCUGACCAGUCACCGCUGGGAAAACCCAUCUUGGAAAAGAACCCCUGUCCUGUGAAAGAUGCCUCUUUCCUCUCAAAGAUUCUCUUCUGGUGGUUCACUGGGCUUGUUGUGAAAGGAUACCGCUCACCACUCGAAGCAGAGGAUCUGUGGACGCUGAGAGAGGAAGACACGUCCUAUAAGAUCAUCUCAGAGCUGCAAGAGAACUGGACAGCUGAGUGUGCCAAACUCCAGAAACAGGAGAAAGCCUUAGCGUCGGGUGUGGCACUGGGGAGCAGGCUGCCAGACCAGGCUCAGCUCCUCAGGAAGCUGCAGAAGGAGCAAAGCUCCGGCUUUUUUCUUCUUAGGACGCUGACACGCAAGUUUGGUCCAUAUUUCCUGACCGGCACCUUGUGUAUCAUAUGCCACGAUGCCUUCAUGUUCGCCAUCCCUCAGGUGUUAAGUCUUCUUCUGGGCUUCAUGAAGAAUGGAGAUGCUCCGUUGUGGAAGGGCUACUUCUACGCCACAUUAAUGUUCCUCCUUUCCUGCCUCCAAUCCCUCUUCAACCAUCAGUACAUGUACACGUGCUUCACUGUCGGUAUGAGGGUGAAGACAGCUGUCAUGGGCUUAGUUUACAGAAAGUCUUUGGUGAUAAACAGCUCGGCCAGGAGAACUUGCACCGUCGGCGAAAUUGUGAACCUGGUUUCAGCAGACACUCAGAAGCUCAUGGAUUUUGUGGUGUACUUCAACGCUGUCUGGCUGGCUCCGAUUGAGAUCGCUCUUUGUCUCUUUUUCCUCUGGCAGCAUCUAGGCCCUUCUGCGUUGGCAGGAAUCGCCACGGUCAUUCUCAUUUUCCCGCUCAACGGAUUCAUCGCAAAGAAAAGGAGCAAGCUGCAGGAGAUUCAAAUGAAGUUCAUGGACGGGCGCAUCAGGUUGAUGAACGAGAUCCUGAAUGGAAUAAAGAUCUUGAAAUUCUAUGCCUGGGAGAAGGCUUUCCUGGAGCAGGUUUUGGGGUACAGAGAGAAGGAGCUCAGGGCCCUGAAGAAAUCUCAGAUUCUUUACUCCAUCUCCAUUGCAUCAUUUAACUCCUCAUCUUUCAUGAUUGCCUUUUCCAUGUUUGGAGUCUACGUGAUGCUGGAUGACAGAAACGUCCUGGAUGCACAAAAGGUGUUUGUUUCCAUGGCAAUAAUCAACAUCUUGAAGACGCCGCUCAGCCAGCUGCCAUUUGCAAUUAGCACAACGAUGCAGGCUCUAGUUUCACUGAGACGUCUUGGAAAAUAUCUGUGCUCAGAGGAACUGAAAGUGGACAAUGUCUUAAAGGCCCUAUUGAGCUCUGAGAGUGAAGAUGUGGUCGUAGAAAAUGGUACUUUCAGCUGGUCUGCAGAAGGUCCCCCAUGUCUUAAAAGGAUCAACGUGCGAGUGCCACGAGGUUCCCUUGUAGCUGUGGUCGGGCACGUGGGCAGUGGAAAGUCUUCUUUGUUGUCCGCCAUGCUCGGCGAAACAGAGAAAAGAAGCGGCCAAGUCACAGUGAAGGGCUCUGUGGCAUACGUACCCCAGCAGGCCUGGAUCCAGAAUGCCACCGUCCAGGACAACGUAUUAUUUGGUUGUGAGAAGAUGAAAACGUGGUACCAGCGUGUGCUGGAGGCCUGUGCCCUGCUGCCCGACCUUGACAUCUUACCUGCAGGAGAUGCAACAGAAAUUGGAGAGAAGGGACUUAACCUCUCAGGUGGGCAGAAGCAGAGGGUGAGUCUGGCCAGAGCUGUCUACAGAAAGGCUGAUGUUUACCUUCUGGAUGAUCCGCUGUCUGCUGUUGAUGCACAUGUGGGACAACACAUUUUUGACAAAGUCAUUGGACCCAAAGGAGUACUUCGAGACAAGACUCGUGUCCUGGUGACCCACGGGAUGAGCUUCCUGCCUCAGGCUGACCUCAUCCUCGUUCUGGUUGACGGAGAAAUCACAGAGAGCGGCUCCUACCAGGAGCUGCUCAGCAGAAACUCUGCUUUUGCUGACUUCAUCCACACUUUUGCAAGCACAGAGAGAAAAGAGAGCGCUAUACAGAGAGCUGGUUCCAGGAGGUCCAAUGCUCGACUCAGCGUGGUUGACUUCAUGCCAUUCUCCAGGGACCUAUCACAAGAGCAGCUCAUUGGGGGUGACACCACUAAUACCAACUUGCAAAAUAUGGAGCCUGUGUCUGAAACUGACCAGGAGCAGGUACCAGAGGACUUGGGGAAGCUGACUGAGGUUGACAAGGCUCGCACUGGACGAGUCAGGUUGGAGAUGUAUAAGAAGUACUUCAAGACCAUCGGCUUGGCCAUCAUUAUCCUCAUCGUCUUCCUGUACGCCUUCCAGCAGGGCGCCUCUCUGGCCUACAACUACUGGCUCAGCAUGUGGGCCGAUGAUCCUGUGGUCAACGGCACACAGAUGGAUACAGAUCUGAAGCUUGCCGUAUUUGGAGCGCUGGGAUUUGUACAAGGUAUUGCUAUCUUCGGUACGACCGUUGCAAUCUCCAUUUGCGGCAUCAUCGCCUCCCGCCAGCUGCACAUGGAUCUGCUGGUCAACGUUCUCCGAUCUCCAAUGUCCUUCUUUGAGUCCACACCCAGUGGGAACCUCCUGAACCGCUUUGCUAAGGAGAUCGAUGCCAUUGACUGCAUGGUCCCCGAUGGGUUGAAGAUGAUGCUGAGCUACUUCUUUAAGCUGAUGGAAGUCUGCAUCAUUGUGCUGAUAGCCACACCCUUUGCAGCUGUGAUCAUCCUGCCUCUCGCGUUUCUCUAUGCCUUUGUCCAGAGCUUCUACGUCGCCACAUCCUGUCAACUGCGCAGGCUGGAAGCUGUGAGCCGCUCGCCCAUUUACACCCACUUCAAUGAGACCGUGCAGGGUGCCAGCGUCAUCCGGGCCUUCGGAGAGCAGUCUCGCUUCAUCCUGCAAGCUAAUAAAAGGGUCGACUUCAACCAAACCUCCUACUUUCCCCGAUUUGUUGCCACUCGGUGGCUGGCAGUCAAUCUGGAGUUUGUUGGUAAUGUUGUGGUCCUGGCUGCUGCCAUUCUUUCUGUGAUGGGGAGAAGCACUCUGAGUCCAGGCAUCGUUGGUCUGGCUGUAUCCCACUCCCUGCAGGUGACUGGAAUCUUGAGCUGGAUUGUUCGAUCCUGGACGGAUGUGGAAAAUAACAUUGUUUCCGUGGAGAGAGUUAACGAGUACGCUGACACUCCCAAAGAGGCCAGCUGGAGCACAGAGGGCAGCUCUUUGCCCCUGGCUUGGCCCCAGAGCGGCAGCAUAGAGUUCCAGGACUACGGGCUGCAGUACCGGAAAGGCCUUGAACUCGCCCUGAAAGACAUCACGUUGCACGUUCACAGAAAAGAGAAGGUCGGAAUAGUGGGAAGAACGGGAGCUGGAAAGUCCUCACUCGCACUCGGAAUCUUCAGGAUCCUGGAGGCAGCGAAGGGAAAGAUCUUUGUAGAUGGAGUGGAUAUUGCUGAUAUUGGGCUUCACGACCUGAGGUCACGCAUCACCAUCAUUCCUCAGGACCCUGUUCUGUUCUCUGGCUCCCUGAGGAUGAACCUUGACCCCUUCGACACUUACACAGAUGAAGAUAUUUGGAGUUCGCUGGAGCUCGCUCACCUCAAAACGUUUGUCUCUAAUCUGCCCGACAAACUCAACUACGAAUGCUCAGAGGGAGGAGAGAACCUCAGUUUGGGUCAGCGCCAACUGGUCUGCCUAGCCAGGGCCUUGCUUAGGAAAACCAAGAUCCUGGUUUUGGACGAAGCGACGGCCGCUGUGGACCUGGAGACGGACACGCUCAUUCAGUCAACCAUUCGCACGCAGUUUGAGGACUGCACCGUCCUGACCAUCGCUCAUCGCCUCAACACGAUCAUGGACUACACGAGAGUGAUCGUCAUGGACAGAGGUCACAUUUGUGAGAUGGACACUCCGGCCAACCUCAUCUCACAGCGGGGACAGUUUUACCGAAUGUGCCUGGAAGUCGGCUUGGUCUAA